CAACAAACAUCUUGUUUAGAGCAAAGUGUCGUGACGGUCGGGUGAUGUUUGACGAGUCACAGAGACUCUGAAGUCUGAGUCAGAGCUGUGAAUGUGAAGCUGUGACUCAGCAUCAUUCUGUGACCCACUUACAGCUUCAGGCAUCAACACGUUUCUCAUUUUACUGCAUCACGACUCCACGAAACCUGUGAUGAGACAAACGGCUUCAGACUCAGCAGGACGCCACGGAGCAGGAAGCUCUGCACAGCGUUAUGUAACAUCCACAGGAGGCUGCUCGGUGCAGCUCAGUCUGCACAUGUAGCUGAACAACCGGAGGCUGCUCGUACGGAAAAUGUUCCAGAGGUGCUGAUCAGGCUGAAGAGCCCUGAAGACCAACAGAUUCAAACAUGAUCCCUUAUUCUCCCUGAGAAACCGACCAAUCAGCAGCCAGGAUGAUGCCCAAGCAGCAGCUGGCUCAGACAUCUCCAGGAAGCGUGUUAUCGCUCAGAGGGUCCAGCGUCCCAGGAUCCCCUGCUGCCGCCAUUGUGGCCAGAGUGGAGGACGGGGUAAUCGGGUAUAAGGACUUUGCAGCGUUACCCAGAGACAAAGCCAUCCUGGACAUAGAGAGACCAGACCUGAUGAUCUACCAGCCGCACUACAGCUACAGUCCACUGGAGAGGUCCUUGUCUCCUCGCUCCAUCUCUCCUCCUCCCUCCCCAGAGAACCUCUCUAAGGAGUGGCUGGAGAACCGGUCUCCUGGAGGAUCGUCUCCUGGUUCCACCAUCCAGACCAGCAGAACACACAGCACAAACACACCAUCGACACCACACACACCAAACACGCCAAACACAACGCACGCAGCGCACACACACUCCUCCGGUGCCAAGAGCACAGUGCAGCACUUCCACAGGCCUGAAAAUGGAACCAACAUCUACAAGAAGCCUCCCAUCUACAAACAAGAUGUGUCGUCCUCUGCAGUCCCUCAGGGGAAACACAUCGAGGAUCUGAUCAUCGAGUCGUCAAAGUUUCCAGCAGCUCAGCCUCCAGACCCAAACCAGCCCUCCAUGAUAGAGACCGACUACUGGCCAUGCCCCCCCUCCCUGGCUGUGAUUGAGAAGGAGUGGAGGAGGAAGGUGCAGAGGGAUGAAGAUGAGGAGGAGGAUGGGGAGCUGGAUGAUGAGUUGUGGGGACUCAGAUCUCUUCAGACACAAGAGCUCAACAAGAUUCAGUCUAAUCUGGGUAAAAUCAUCCUGAAGGAGGAGCUGGGAAAGUCUGCAGCUCCUCUGAGGAGGAAAACCCGCUCUCUGCCGGACCGCAGCCAAAACACCGGGUCCAGCUCCUCCAAGUCUGUGUAUUUCCCAGCCUCCGCUAAAACCGGCCUGUCCAGGCUGCAGUCGGCCGAGUUCAGCUCCUCUGAGAAAACUCCUGCAGCUCUUCAGAAUGGAGACUCCAGGAUGGACAGAGGAAACUCUCUGCCCAGCAUGUUGGAUGUUAAGAUUUACCCCUAUGAGAUGCUGGUGGUGACUCACAGAGGACGGAGCAAACUGCCACCGGGUGUGGACAGGACCAGGCUGGAGAGACACCUCUCUCAGGAGGAGUUCUUCAGUGUUUUCGGGAUGUCCAUCGAGGAGUUCGACUGUCUCUCCCUCUGGAAGAGAAACGACUUGAAGAAGAAGGUCUGUCUCUUCUGACGCCGCUGGGACUCCAUCUCCCACAAUCCCACGCUCUUCUCGGAUCACCGGCCUGAAACCACGGACUCUGAACAAAACGCCAUUUUCAGCAGCACCAACGCCAUCAUCAGCUCACCGUGGGUCAGUGCGUCGACGUCGACUCUGAUGUGACUCACUGUGAAGGUUUGAUGCAGAGAAACACAGAGCUGCUCACGUUCCACUCGCCUGUUUUAAAGCUGUUCAGAAAAUAAGCUUUAGUCUCUAGAUGUCUGUCUAAGUUCAUUAACCACAAAACCACUGAGCGAGCACAAGUUACCAAUCUGAUGUGGAGGGGUGAGGAGGGGUGAGGAGGGGUGAGGGAGGGAAGAAAAGCAACGCGUGGCUUUUAAUGACCAUCUGAAAAAUAAGGUCAGCCCAGUUUCUGUCCCUCGUGUAAAACAGAGGGAAAUAAAAUGGACAUGAGGAGACAGAGGGUUGGUGUGUUCCACUGAUCAGCAGCUGCAGCUGAAAUCAGUCCACUCUGACACCGUGAAGCUCAGACGUUUGGUUGUAGUGGUGAUACUGGGACAUUAAGUUGAUUUAACUGUUGGUUUGACUGGAUCACAGAGCUGCGUGUUAUUAACCUCGCUGGUUUAAAGUCCUCAGACAGACUGAGGACAGACAGCUGCAGGCUGAGGCGUCUCUGCCGUUUGUCCUGAUUUAUCUUCAUCAGACCGGAUUCAUCAUUUUAUCUCCGAGCUUCCAGCUGCAGUCGGGCAUUAGAAACACAUUCCUGCUGACUCUGAGUCAGUUUCAGUUCAGAUUCUGUGCUGACGGAGGGAUACACCUGUCAGCGACCUUUAAAGAGGAUUCUUCCUAUUGGCUUAGCCAGCUAUGAUGUCACAGUGACAGCAUUUGUCUCCCAGCACAGAAAAGAAAAACAAGGACACAGUUUGAUCGCAGACGUUUGGUCUGAGUCCGAUGUUUGAACCCUGAAGCUGAAACGUCCCUGAUUCUAUUUAAUUUCAUGUUUUUUAUUCUAUAUUAUAUACGAACCAACGCAACAACAUGACAACACCCAAACAACAACACAAAAAGCACAACAACACACCAUCAGGUUUCGCAUCAUCCUGCUCACAGGGACCAGAGCUGUGGACGUGUGGACAGACAGUGGAUGGGUGGGGCCAAAUCACAGGUUCAGCUGUCCACAUAGUUUUGGUCAUGUGUUGGACGUGGCACAUGAAGGUCUCAGAAAAAAGAUUUACUGACAGAAUCAAAGAUCUCAGACGGUUUCAGGAAGGUUUUUAGUUUCCAUCGGUCCUCAGACGUCUUUCUGCAGCUCACGCUCGACUCCCAUUGGCUGCGACCAAACUGUCUCCUCCUUGUUUUUUCUUUCUAGCUCAGCAAAAGCCACUGCCCUGUUUUCUGUAAGUACACUGCACACACACACACACACACACACACACACACACACACACACACACACACACACAGACACACACACACGCAGACACACACUGCUGAGAGAUUUUGGCAGCGCAGAAGAACCAGAGCCUGUUGCUGUGUUACAGAUCCGCGGCUGAACCUUGUCUCCGCAUGGCUCUGGUUUGUCCAGUCAGCAGGUUGUGGACUAGUUAGUGUUGCUUAGUGACCAAAUGAUGUGCAGCUAUUUUUUAACCUACAUAGAGAAAGUGGCAUGUUUGUUAUUAAAAUCUGAAGUGUAAAAUCAUUUAACAUGAAUGUUGAAAAGAAAAAUUUCACCAUCAAACACGAAACAUGACGGAAGGCGGGAAAGAGACAAAAUCUUCCCGGACUUCUCUGAACCAAAAGACGACAGAGGAAUGAUGGGAAAUCACCCGAGUGAUGUAUCAUGUCCACCAGCAUCAUAUCUGAUCUCUGUGAACAUGGACAGGUUCAACCUGCACUGCAAUACAACUGAAGAUUAUUCAACGUGUUUCAGCACAGGUGAUUCAUACCUGAGCUUCAUCUGAAGGUGCAGUCAGAGGGGUUUUAUGUGUCAGUAAAUCAAAGCCAGGUGAAUGCAGGUGACCACAGACCUCAGAUCAGCCAUGUGGCCAUGUUCAGCCCUGGAGGAAUCCUGUGGGUUGUUUUGAGCCGGACUCAGAUCAGACUCUGACUCUGUGCUGAAUGGAUCUGUUAUAUUUAAGUUAGUCCAAUAAACAGAUCAAUAAAAUGUUAAAAACACGACACUACACCUGUGAGCAGGUGUUUCUAAUCAUACAUGAUAGUAAACCAGUGACAGUGACCAUUUUUGCACUGAACACUUCUAACUUCAGUACAUUUCCCUUCCGAUCUGAGCUGAUGCUCCAUCGCGUGAAGCUUCGCGUCAGAGGCCGACGGCCUGUGGUCGCGUGUUCAUCGUGGUUUUUGUAUUAAUCUGAUUUACUGAAGGUAAAAUGAGACUCUCUGCACCUUUAGAUCGGCAGCUCAGGCCUGUGUGAGUCUGUCAGACAUGAAUUCGCCCUCACUGCAGAGCCACAUCCUGUAUCACGCUCCGCCACGUCUGCCUCGCCACCACGCACUUCCUGUAUCUGUGGAACAAGAAAAGACUGGAAAAAAAAAAACAAGAAGCGGAUGAAGGUGUGAGAUUUGUUCGCUGGUGUGAACGUGCAUUGGUCACUUUACGUUGAAAUGAUUAUUCUGUUCUUUCUUUUUACUUUGAGGAACGACUGACACUGUUUGAUGAGAGGAUUUACGCUUUGUUCUGAUUGGUUGAGUUUGAGUUGGAGGCGGGAGGCGGGUUGCUGUGACUAACACCAUGAUGACACAAAGAUUGUUCCAUUUGUUUUGUACAUUUUGACGUGUUUUAUUGUUUUUGUUGAAUUC